CUGUACAAGCUGAAGAUGCUGACUGCAAAGAUAAUGGUGUUCUGCAUGAAUUACCUGCUCGACAAGCAGGAGGAGGAGAAGCUCGAGUGUCUCUGCAAGCUGCUCACAACCAUCGGGGAGCAGGUGGAGAGCGAGGUGAAGGAGCCUCUGGACGCGGUGUUCAAACGUAUGCAGAACAUAGUGGAUCGGCGCGGCGGUGGUGGAGGAGCUGGUGGUGGUGGAGGCGGGGGCGCGCUGAGCAGCCGUGUGCGCUUCAUGCUGCAGGAUGUGAUCGCGCUGCGCCGCCGCCGCUGGGCACCGCGCGCCGCCGUGCACCACGCACAGCCCACCACCAUGGACCGCAUACAGCGCGAGGCCGACCUGCAUCACAGGAACAUCGAGCUGAUGAACUCCAUGCCGCUGUCGGGGGGCUACGGGCGACGCGAGGAGGAGGGCGGGGCGCGGCGAGGUGCGCGGGGGGAGGGACGCGGGGAGCGGCGCGGUGCGGGGGCAGCGGGGGGCGACGGGGAGUGGAAGUCGCCCCGCCCCUACACAGUCGACGUGUCCAAGAUCAAGGCCGGCUCGCUCAAGAAUCUGAGCAACAUAAAGCUGGCGCCGCAGCACUCCGGCUGGAACCACGGCGCGCGCUCCUCACCACCCGCACCAGUCAUAGGCAUCAGGAACGACUACAGCCUGCUGGAGAACUCCUCGCUGGACCCCGCCUCGCUCAGAUCAAAUUCUGAGGCAUUGGGUUUUAGAAAAGGAUCGAGCGAAAAGUCAACGAAAGCCGACAGCGAGUGAAGAACCACCUCACAUCAUAUAUAUAUAUAUAUAUAUAAAUUGAACAAAUGAUAAGGCUGCUAUAUAUAAACUUAAUCUCAUUUAGAAAUAUUGAGGAAUUUAAUGUCACAUAAUUGCAUAUAUCUUGAUAGAAGAUCUUCUGUAGUCUGACAUUAAUGUAAAAUGUAAUUUUAGUCAAUAAAAAAUCUAGUUGAAACCGGUUUGUGAAAUCGGUUGUAACCGGUUCAGACCAGUUUUGUCAGUGUACAUUACUAUAUAUUUAAUCAUAAAUCAAUUGAAUUCAUCUUUAUAUGAUUAAUGUAGUACAUAACAAUGUGAUAUAUAAAUAAGUACAUAAUGUGAGCUCUGCGUUUCAUGUGUUUGUUGUCUUGUGCCAACUUUAUAUUAAUUAGAAAUCUGAAACACGUCAAAAUGUCAAAACAAAACAUUCCUGUCAAUUUGUUUAUAUCAAAUCAAUAUGGAAUCAUUUGUAAAUAAAUGUCAAACUUAUCUCGCGAGGUGACACUGACACUAAAGUACUGUCCUUCAACUGUAGCUUCUCUUUGUCAUCGUCAUUUCCUAUAGCUAUGUACAUUUACAUAUUUUCUGUCACAAAACAGAUAACUUUGAUGUUUAUCUCUAAAAGCGAUAGCUUCGCCUGUCACCUGUCGCCUGUCACCUGUCGCCGAGCACGAAGGUGACAGGAUAUUGUCGCAACAAAAUGUAUACACAGUGGAUCUCAUUUGAAUAAUUUUUGAUAUAUUCUUGAUAAAUUCGUAAGAUUGAUUUGUUUUCUGAUAUUAUUUUAGUAUUAUGUUAAGUUUUAUAUAUAUGUGUGUGUGUCCACUGUUGUUAUUUUGAUAUUUAUGUACUUUGCUAAUACAAAUGUGAUGAUCUCCAUACGAGUUGUUAGCGAUUGUGCAAUUUAUUGUAAGUAUAUAUGUUAAAGUUAUAUUCAAUGUUGGAACUGGACUGGACUGGACUGGACAUGUUGGCGGCAUGUGCAUGUUGUUCUUUGUUUAGAUUUACUAAGGGAGG